CGCUCAAAUUUCAAUUUUUUUAGCUCAAGGCCUCAAUCGUCCUGCUUGCGCCAUUAAAAUUCCUCCCACCAAAUCUCACAUCACGCACAGUAAGGAUGGUGGACUUGCGCUGUACAUAACGAACUGGUUCUUGCUUCCACGCUUGCUCCACUCCCCGUGGAGUCGCACAUCUCCCCUCACUUCCACGCAAAGUAUUUUUUUCUCUUGUGAGAUUGUAAUCUGCUUGAUUCAUCCAAGACUGUCGGGAGCUUGCGCUUCCAGUUUCGGCGAAUUGAUUCUUUCCCCUACGUUUUCUUCCCUCUUGAUGCGUAUCGAUUUGAGAGUGAGAUCAAAACUAUUUGGUUCUGGGGGUAUCUGGGUUGUUUUAGCUUCUGAUUUCUUGAUCCGGUAGCUUGCGCGGCUCAAAAUCCGAAUCUUUUAGCUCGGGUUGCGUGUCUGCGUUGCUCCGUUGAUCGUUUGUUCGGUUCGAAGAUCAGUUUUUCCCUGUAACGACGCGGGGCGAUACGAAUUGGGGAUUCUGACAUUUGGUUUCUGCAAAGAAAAGUUUCUGUAUCUGCAGUUGUUUCUGCUCGAAAUUCAAGUCUUUUUUUGGGGAAUUGUACAAGUUUUGACUUCUCAAGAACAGCAAGAUCGAUUUCUAGAAUCGCCAAUGGACUUGUCCGGCGAAGCAAGCCUUGGGGGCUUCAAGAUCGGGCCGUCGACGCUCGUCGGCCGCGGGGUGGCCGUCCGCGUGCUCCUGUUCAGCUCGCUGUGGCGCCUGCGCGAGCGUGCCUACGCCGCCGCCUCGCGCGUGCGCGGCGCCGUGCUUCCGGUGGUCGCGCCCUGGCUCCACCUCAGGAACACCCACGGCGUCCUCCUCAUGGUAGUCCUCUUCGCGCUGUUCCUGAGGAGGCUCUCCGGCGCGCGGUCACGGGCGGCGCUGGCACGCCGGCGCUUGCAGUGCAAGAAGGCGAUGAGGCACGCGGCGAGCUACGAGGAGUGGUCGCGCGCCGCCAAGGUGCUCGACAAAAUGUCUGAGCAGGUCAAUGAGGGUGAUUUCUAUGACGAGGAGCUCAUCAGGAACAGGCUGGAGGAGCUCCGGAGGCGGAGAGAGGAGGGGUCGCUCCGGGAUGUGGUGUUCUGCAUGCGUGGUGAUCUCGUGAGGAACUUGGGGAACAUGUGUAAUCCUGAGCUUCAUAAGGGCAGGCUUGAGGUUCCUAAGCUUAUAAAAGAUUACAUUGAUGAGGUAUCUGUGCAGCUGAAAAUGGUAUGUGAAUCUGAUACUGAUGACUUGCUUUUGGAAGAGAAACUUGCCUUUGUUCAAGAGACCAGGCAUGCCUUUGGGAGGACAGCAUUACUCUUAAGUGGGGGUGCUUCACUAGGGUCUUUUCAUGUAGGUGUGGUGAAAACACUGGUUGAGCACAAGCUUUUGCCUCGAAUAGUUGCAGGAUCUAGUGUUGGUUCCAUCAUAUGUUCAAUUGUUGCUACCCGAACAUGGCCUGAGAUACAGAGCUUCUUUGUGGACUCAUUGCAGACCUUGCAGUUCUUUGAUAGGAUGGGUGGAAUUUUUUCAGUGACAAAACGGGUUAUGACUUAUGGCGCACUUCAUGACAUUAGCCAGAUGCAAAGACUUUUGAGGGAUCUGACUGGUAACUUAACGUUUCAAGAGGCUUAUGACAUGACUGGCCGUGUUCUUGGCAUCACAGUUUGCUCUCCUAGAAAAAAUGAGCCACCCCGCUGCCUCAACUACCUGACAUCACCACAUGUUGUUAUUUGGAGUGCUGUGACGGCCUCUUGUGCAUUCCCUGGACUCUUCGAAGCUCAGGAAUUGAUGGCAAAGGAUAGAUUUGGUGAGAUAGUACCCUUCCACGCACCCUUUUCCACAGACCCAGAACAAGGUCCUGGAGCAUCAAAGCGUCGGUGGAGGGAUGGAAGUUUGGAGAUGGAUCUUCCCAUGAUGCAAAUAAAAGAGUUGUUUAAUGUAAAUCACUUCAUUGUGAGCCAAACUAACCCUCAUAUCUCUCCACUCCUCCGAUUGAAGGAGAUCGUCCGAACCUAUGGAGGUCGCUUUGCUGGAAAGCUCGCUCGUCUUGCUGAAAUGGAGGUUAAGUACAGAUGUAACCAAAUCCUAGAAAUUGGCCUCCCACUGGGAGGACUAGCAAAAUUGUUUGCUCAGGAUUGGGAGGGUGAUGUCACCAUGGUUAUGCCAGCAACAGCAGCCCAGUACUUGAAGAUUAUACAAAAUCCUACAUACGCGGAGCUGCAAAUGGCUGCCAACCAGGGUCGCAGGUGCACAUGGGAGAAGAUCUCUGCUAUCAGAACAAACUGCGCUAUUGAACUUGCGUUGGAUGAGUCCAUUGCCAUCCUGAACCAUAAAAGAAGACUAAAAAGAAGCAUGGAAAGGGCAGCUUCUGCUUCUCAGGGAUAUACAUACAGUUCAAUACUCAAAACACCAAGGAGGGUACCAUCAUGGAGUUGCAUCAGUCGAGAGAAUUCUUCAGGAUCUCUCUCAGAAGAUUACUUUGCAGCUGCUAAUUCAUCUACUCAGCAAGGUGCUAUUCAAGUUGUUACCACACCGAACAUGACUCAUCAUGAUGGAAGUGAGAGCGAAUCAGAAACCAUUGACUUAAAUUCCUGGACUAGGAGUGGUGGACCUCUGAUGAGGACUUCAUCAGCUGACAUGUUCAUCAAUUUCGUUCAGAAUCUUGAGAUUGAGUCUGAGUUCAAUAGGGUCUUUACUACUGAAGAUGAGAAUAAACACAAUUUGUCAGGAUCUACCAUUUCUAAAGAUUUAUGCCCAAACUAUAGUUCUCAAGUUACUACACCAGAUACAGAUAGAAGCACAUACACUUCAGAAGCCGGGUCAUGCAAUACUGGAAACAAUAUUACUAGUCAACCCUCUACAUCUACAAGCAUUGCUGUUACUGAAGGAGAAUUGCUGCAACCAGAGAGGGCUACUAAUGGAAUUCUAAUUAAUUUUGUUAAAAGAAACAGUGUGUUUGAUGAGCAUGACAAUGAAGCUGAAACCGAAUCAUAUGUGGAUACAACACAUUUGGACACUUUUGAUACCAUCUCAGCUUCCGACUGUCCUGGAGAUAACAAAGAUUCUUCAGUUGCUCAUACUGAUUUUGUAACUUCACAACAUUCUUCAGCUGAUGAAUAGAUCGAUGCUAGAGAUUGGAAGAUUACUUCUAAUAGCUUAUUACAGCAAUGUCGUACAUGAAAGCUAAAAUGGCUCCGUUUAGAGAGCAACUAAUAGCACCAUAUGGGUUGACUGGUGAGACACAUUAUACGUUAAUGAUAUGCCUCUGUUCUGGUGCAUGCAUCUACUACGAAAUCACUGCUUGUCGCAUCACACAUGCAUCUGUGAAAUCGAUUGGCUGAGAUUUUUCACACUUCACAUGCAUGCUGGUAACGGAGCAUUUAACUUUUUGUCACUCUUACCAAUGUUCCACUGGACCCAUAUGUCAUAGACUCGUGAGGGUCCAUAUAUCAUAGAUAGCGAGUGACAAAUCUAUUUUGAACACUUGUAAGAGUGGCAAAAAGUUAAAUUUCCCGCUGGUAAUGGUACGCUGAAUAUUUGGAUGCGGCACGGCCAUUUAAAUCCCAUGCUGUCAGUUUCUUCUAUUAUGAAUCGAGCCGUUGGGUAAAGUCCAUCCUAUACAAUAUUUGUCAGCAAAUUAAAAGAAUCUCCACCUCAAAAAAAAAAAAAAACUUCAGAGAAACCAAAGAUUCUGUUAAGAGUGAACACCCUA